AUGAUUCAAAAUUCAGAGUUUCAAGAAUUUGUUAAGAAACUCGAACGUUUCCAACAUGUCAUCAUUAUUAUGAAUGAAACUCAUGGAAUGGUAAUCAUUAAUGGAAAGAAAGCAGCGGUUAACACGUCGAGAGUACAAAUUGAAAUUAAAAUUGGUAAACUAUCUUCUGAAUUAGCAGUGAAAAGUAGACAACCUUCUAAAUACCAUCCAUCGCAGUCAAAUACCAACCCUACUGAUAUUGAUCAAGUGUUACCGAAUACAAUUGAAUUGAGUGUUGCCAAAAAUAAUUUCCUUGAAAAGUUUGGCCAAAAAACCCUAAAUACAAUUCGAGAACAAGCAGGUAUUAAUUGCGCAAAUAUUGUAACCGGUAAAUUACAAUUAUCGGGAAAUAAUGCUGCAAUUACAAAGAUAAAAUCUUAUCUUGAAAAAACACUUUAUGAAAAAAAUCUAUCAAUUACUUUUAACAUGAAAAAGCAUCUCGAAUCAACUUGGAAAGGGCGUAUAUUGAAAGAAUUUUCAGAAAAAUAUCGUGUGGGAACGUCUUUACAAGAGUUCCGUUUAUAUGAUAGAAUUAAAGGUAACAAUACUCAGAAGAGAGGCUUACCUAAUGCACGAGAUGGGUACUAUGCUAAUACAAGCCAAGGGAAUAGCGAUGAUCCCGAAGAAAGUAGCAGAAAAGAACGAUACAAUACCAAAAUGACAGAAUAUGAAGAUGCAGCAAAUCAAGAAGAAGAAGAUGAUGAUGAUGAUGAUAACAACAGUCAAGCUUCAGAUUCUGAUGCAUCAUUGUCAUCAAAUUGUACAACCGAUAGUUUCAAUGUGAAGAAUUUUAAUGAUCAUGCUAAACAAUCUAUUACAGUAUCAUUAUGUAGUGAUUCUGAAGUUUCCUUAUCUAACGCCAUAGCAGAACUACAAAGUUAUUCUUUUAACAUUGAAUCUUGGACAUUAACAGAAGACGAGCUAACAUUUAUUUUAAAACAGCAACAACGAGGCAAACCUAUGAAAACCAACAUAUCCAUUAGAGAACGAUCUAUGCAAAUUAAAUUUUACCUUCGCCAUUUGGUACAGAAUCCUUUCGUAUAUAUCUAUAUUUAUUACGCAAGAGGUAUGUGGCACGUGAAAAUGAGCGGAUUUAAAUCAGAUGUACAUUCCGCAGUAUUUAAAGUUAGAAGCUAUUUAAAUGAUGUAGUUGAUACCGAAGUACAAAUUCCUAUAUCAGGAGUUAUGGCAUUUUUUCUUAGAAAAAAAGGGUCUUCUGAUAUGCAUAGACUAAGAAAUCUUCACAAUAUCAAGAUCAUCAUCUUUUCUCCGCCUCGUCGCGCUGAUACUACUAAUGAACAUGAUAAUGAUAAUCAUUGUUUAAAACUGAUUGGUCCUGUGUCACGUAUUGAUUUGGCACAUACAGAAAUUCAAAAUUUUCUUGAAACUUUAUCGGAACAAGAACAAGACUUUCCAUGUGACACAUGGGAUAUUUCAAAGAAUAUUUCCGCAAAUACUAUAACAUGUCUGAAAAAAAUACACGAAUCAGAUGAUUAUGAAGCAGUCGGAGUCGUUAAGUUUUAUAAUUCAGCCAUCGAAAGAAGACAAACAACACCGAAAGUUACUAUUACUGUAGUUGCAUUAAAUGAAGAAACGGCAGAUGAUGUAAUUCAACAAUGUAAACAUUUCGUUGAAGGAUAUGUUGUAUGGAAACCAUCUUUGGAUGAAUAUAGGGCCCUACGUAAUAUAUUGUUGGUGCAAAAACGACCGAGUAUUGCUCGCCUUCAACAAGAAUGGGGCAUUAACGUACAGCUUGAAAAUGAAACUAGUACUAUUAUUAUUCCUGCACGAUCACAAAUAAUUGCAGAUGAAAUAAAAGACGCUUUGCAGAAUUUAGCUGCAGGAAAAGCAAACCGAAUCGCUAGUAUUACAAUAAAUAUUCCUAUUCAGCUCAAUAUCCGUCGUUUUGUUUAUCAAGCUAUUCAACCUCUACUUGAAGAAGUAAAAACACAAAGAGUUUAUAUUGACUCAAAAGAUCGGAAUGGACUAACCCUUCAUGGCCGUUCUGAAGUCAUCAAUUCGGUUCAAGAAAAAAUCAAUACUAUCAUUAAUGAUAUUAAACAAAAAAUUGUUACAAGCCGUUUAACAUUAACAUCUAUCGAAUCAAAAUUAAUUCGAGCUGAUUCAUAUCAAGUUCUUAAACGUAUUGAACGCGAAACCAAUACAAUCAUUCGAGAUGUUACAAUAGAUGCGAAAGUUUCAAAAUUAGAUGGAAAUGAUGAUACCAGCUCGACUAUAACAUGUGUGGAAAAUAAUCGUGAUCAAACAAUUCUUGUGAAGAAAGGGGAUAUUACAAAGGCGAAAGAUGUUGAUGCUAUUGUAAAUGCUGCAAAUGGGCCAUUGAAUCAUUCAGGAGGUUUAGCUAAAAUCAUUUCAGAUGCUGCUGGUCCUGCACUUGAUCAAGAAUGUAAACAAUUAAUCGCGAAAAAUGGAGAUGUAGCAAUAUCUACUGGGAAAGCAGUUAAAACAACAGCUGGUCGUCUUCCUUAUAAAAGUGUUAUUCACGCAAUUGGUCCUCAAUAUUUUGGUGGGAAUCAACAAGAGCGUCCAUUAUUAUUUUCCAGUAUUUUAUCCAGUUUGAGACUUGCUGAACAAGAAGGCUAUAACAGUAUAGCACUACCAGCCAUUAGUGCUGCGACCUACGGUUUUCCAUUACAAGAUUGUACAAAUAUUGUCAUUCGUGCAGUAAAACAAUUCUUUGCUGAUUCUCCAGAAUCACGUGUAAGAAAAGUCAUUUUAUUAGAUAUUGAUGAUGCAGCUUGUAAUUCAUUUGCACGUGAACUUGGAAAGGAUCAUACAAAUACAGCUGCAGACAAUGAUGAUGAUAUUACGAAUUAUAAUUUACCUCCAUUAACGGCUAAAUGGUGUUGGCAAGACGAUUAUGAUGAAAAAAUAUAUGAUGACAGUCAGACACUUCAAAUCGAAGCUGCAUUUCAACACUAUUUACAAACGUCCAUUCCAUCAACAUUAAAAAUUAAUCCUGAUAACUUAACAAGUGCUACUAUUGUUUGUUAUAGUAUUCAUUUUCAUCCUAAUAUGAGACAAAUAUUGAUUGCCAAUCCAAAUGCAUUAAAUGAUCGGCUUGUUUGUGGAUAUCAAAUGAGAAAAAGUAGUGGUUAUAAACGAGAUAUUAUACGCUAUACAUUGGCAUCGCAAGUACAUAAUACAUCUGCUGGAUAUCGACCGAAACCAUUGGAUGCAUAUCAUUUAAAGAUACAGUCUAAAGAAGACGAUUGGGAUAUUAUAAGUAUCAGCAAUACAGCAGUAAAACAAGCAGAAAUAGCAAUUAGAAAAGUCAUCGUGUCUGCUACGAUUUCCGAAACAUUCUCCGUAAAUCUAAACGAAGAUAUUGAUGCUCAUAAGACAGCAAUUACUAGUAUUGCAAUUCAGCAAUUUAUUAAUGUUGAAUUUCAACAAGAUUCUACCGGAAAUUUAUCAUUGAUAUUGAAAGGUUUCCGACAAAAUAUCUUACAAGCAAAAUUACAAAUUUCUUUAUAUGUACAAGAUAUUUUGAGGUUGCAAGUUGAUAAAGAUGAUCAAUUAAAUAUACCUAAAGAAUGGGAUGACCAAGAAGAACAAUGUAAAUUAGUCGAAUUACCUAAAACUCAUUCUGAUUUUAUUCGUAUUGAAAAACGCAUGAAGGAGACUAUAGGCAAUGUGAAAAUUGAUAAGAUCGAAAGAGUACAAAAUUUAAGAUUAUGGAAUCAUUAUGCACUUCGUCGUCGAACUCUUCAACAAGAAUUAAGUAAUAAGCCUAAUUUACAAAUUGAAAUGGAAUUAUUUCACGGUACUCGAACAGCACCGCCCAAUGAAAUUUAUAAUGGCGAAUAUGGUUUUGACAUGACAUUUUGUACAAGUGGUCUGUGGGGAAUCGGGACAUAUUUUGCUAUGAAUGCUUCAUAUUCUUGCCAAAGCUAUUCUUAUCAAUUACAGCAUGGGAAACGUCAAGUGUUUCUCGCUCAAGUGCUAACAGGAGAAGUUUUUGAUUAUAAAGGCAAAAAUGACCCAACAUUACGUCGACCUCCGAAGAAGAACGAAAGCACAUCAGGCAUACGUUAUAGCAGUGUAGCCGGGGAAACAGGAGGCAGUAAAGUUUACAUUGUAUACGAAACCCGUGUUGCUUAUCCUACGUUUUUGAUUACAUUUAGUCAAUGAUGAUUCUAUUACUUUUAUUUCAUAUUUCAUUAAUUUAAGCCCC